CCAUCUCGCCCAGCCGCCGCUCUGACGCUCCACCCUCCCCUUCGCGUGCAUUGGUUUGCCCCGGCGCCGUUUGGGCGGGUCCACGAGAGGAAGCGGGGGUUGCGGACGUGAAAAAUCGGAGACGGGUCGGGGGAGGAGGCGUGGCAACCCCUCGGAGCGCGCGGGUGGUGCGGCCCGCAGUCGCGGCUCGAAGCGAGGCGGGCGAGACCAAGUGAAGAGGCCGGGGGGUGGUGGUGAGGAUGGUGAUGGUGAUGAAGAGCGGUGUGGAGAAAGCAGCAAGAAAAAGAGGAUUCCAGCCGUGAGGCAAAGCGAGGCGGCGAAAAAAAGACUAUAUAUUUUUUUAAAUUGAUAAUAAUACGGGAUAAUUUUUUUAAAAAAGAAAAGGAGGCGGAAAGGAGGGUGAAGCGGUAAAAUGGCGUCGGCCGGGCCCGAGCCUGGGGGGAGCAGCGGCGUUUCCUCAGCUUUCAGCUUCCUUUGCUGUUCACUGAUGCCUUCCCGAAGAUGUAUGGGGACACCCGGGACAGCAACACUUAAAAAAACGUUCGAGUUGCCAGGUGCUUCUGGGCACUCCUCACAGACAAUCAAGAAAGGCCACAGGGGUGUGGACUCCACCGGCGAAACCACGUACAAGAAGACAACUUCGUCGGCCCUCAAAGGUGCCAUCCAGCUUGGGAUCACCCACACGGUGGGGAGCCUGAGCACCAAGCCAGAGCGAGAUGUCCUCAUGCAAGACUUCUAUGUAGUGGAGAGCAUCUUCUUCCCGGGUGAAGGCAGCAACCUCACCCCGGCCCAUCACUACAACGAUUUCCGCUUCAAAACCUAUGCUCCUGUCGCCUUCCGCUAUUUCCGUGAACUGUUUGGGAUCCGGCCGGAUGACUACCUGUGCUCCCUUUGCAGUGAGCCCCUCAUUGAGCUCUCCAACUCCGGAGCCAGCGGCUCCAUCUUCUACGUCUCCAGCGAUGACGAGUUCAUCAUCAAAACAGUUCAGCACAAAGAGGCAGAGUUCUUGCAGAAGCUGCUGCCGGGUUACUACAUGAACUUGAACCAGAACCCCCGGACCCUCCUCCCCAAGUUCUACGGCCUCUACUGUGUGCAGGCUGGCGGCAAGAACAUCCGGAUUGUGGUGAUGAACAACCUGCUGCCCCGCUCAGUGCGCAUGCACCAGAAGUACGACCUGAAAGGCUCCACCUACAAGCGCCGGGCUUCCCAGAAAGAGCGGGAGAAGGUCUUCCCCACCUACAAGGACCUGGAUUUCAUGCAGGACAUUGCUGAUGGCCUCUUCCUGGACGCUGACAUGUACAGCGCCUUGUGCAAGACCCUGCAGAGAGACUGCUUGGUUUUGCAGAGCUUCAAAAUCAUGGACUACAGCUUGCUCGUGGCAGUCCACAACCUCGACCUGGCUCAGCGGGAGCGCGCCGUGGCGGAUGGGGCGGCCGUGGCAGACACGCGGCGGCCAGCCCCCCAGAAGGCCCUGUACUCCACAGCGAUGGAGGCCAUCCAAGGGGAAGCCCGGCGAGGCGGCACCAUUGAAACGGACGACCAAAUGGGAGGGAUCCCGGCCCGGAACGCCAAGGGGGAGAGGCUGCUUCUCUACGUGGGGAUCAUUGACGUGCUGCAGUCUUACAGGUUCAUUAAGAAGUUGGAGCACUCGUGGAAAGCCCUUGUUCAUGAUGGGGACACGGUUUCGGUUCACCGGCCCAGUUUUUACGCGGAAAGGUUCCAGCGGUUCAUGUGUAACGUUGUCUUCAAGAAAAUCCCUUUUAAAUCUUCCCCUUCGAAAAAGAGCCGGUCUGGUGCAGGACCUCCCCGGCGGCCAGGCCAGGGUGGCGCCCCAUCCCAGGUGCAAGGGCUGUGCGAGGCAAAAGCGCAGUUCACGAUGGAGGCGGAAGUCGAGCAAGGUUCCCAGCUGGGCCGCCCUGACCUUCUCCCCCACACUCCCCUUGCAGAGGAAAUAAACAGCGACUCAGCUGCCACAACCUUAUCCACCUCCUCCUUCGGGAGCAGGAGCCACGAUUCACCAGCCAGCAGGUCGAUAGGAGUGGAAGUCCACAAAUCAGGUUACAGGCAGAGCUAUGCAGACAUGUGUUCUAGCAAGACCAGGUUCAGCCUCAGCAGUAGCCGUAGGUCACAGGAAAACAGCUUAUCUUCAGAGGUAGCUAGUUCAACGUUCUCCCAACAUUUCUCCAGGACCCUCCGCACCAGGACGUCCCUCUGAGCUGACGGAGCAAUUUGAAGACUUGCCAGAGACGGAGAUCAGCUUUUGAAAUAUCAUGGGGUGGAUUCCUUCUUUAGACGUGAGCGGAAGACUUUCCUCCACGCUCUCUGCGUUGUCUGUGGAGCACUGAACCUCCAGCCCUUCCCAGGCUGCUGAUACCUAGAACUUUUAACUGAUCUGAACAGACAAAACGGGGGGCUCAGCCCCUCACACACACACCUGCAGCAAAGUAGUGUUAUCCGCCAACGUUCCUGAAGCCCGCCGGGUCUCUCAUGGGGGACCCCGAGUUUCCUCUGGCGCAGGCGGAAGAGCGUUCCCUGAGCCACAGGCGUUUUCCAGGCUGUAUCUCAAGAAGGGACAGGUACCCUUCUAGGUGGUCCCAAAUGCCUGAGCAGAGAACGUCUCGAUGCUGCGAGGGGCUUCUCUCUGUGCUCCCGAUCCUCCCCGGGAGCAGAAGGGCGGGGGGAAUCAGGGUGUCUGUUGGUCUUGGAACGCUUUGCAAAAGGAUGAACGUUGACGUUUUAUUUUUAACUUGUAUUUAAAACUCCCACCCCCCCUUUCAAACUGCCGUAUUGGGGUGUUGGUUCUUUAGGUUUUGUUUUUUGUUUUUUAACGUAUGUCGUUUUUAGGUCAAGAAACUUCUGAUGCACCAAGAACAGCCUUUUCUCCAAGGGAGAAACUAUCCUCUUGGUGGGGGCGAAGGGGGGGGUGUCACACAUCCAUGGACGUCUUGCUCAUUUUUAAAUCUUGAUUUUUAUUUUAGCGCAAGCGAUAGCACCCUGCCCCCUUUAAACUCUACUGUAAGCACGUCUGCUCAGAAGCAAGGACGGUUUUUAAGCCUUCAGCAUUUUACUAGCGGACCAAACUUAAUCUGCCCUGGCCUUUGUGAGGGAGGAAGACACCUCCCUUUCUCAGUAUUAAGUCCUUUAAGGGACUCCAGACUUAUAAACCUCCUUUUUUAAAAAAAGAAAAAAAAAAUUGAAAUGCCCUGGUUUCUGGUUUGUUUCUUUUUAAUUAUACAUAUAUAUACACACAUAUAUAUCUGUGCUCAGAUCUUAGCACCGAGGCUUUCCAGCUCCUUUUGCUUUAUAAAAACAGCCAACUUCCUCUUUUGUACGUAGUGAAAGUUUCCUACAACGUUCCUAGUUGCGAUGCCCUUUGACUCUGAAGAAAGCAACUAGGUCUUUAAACUAGGGAGAGAGAGAGAGAGCGGGGAAGAAGGUAGCAUAAAACCUUGAAAUAAUCACUAAACUUUCCAAACAGGAGCCCCUUCAGCAGUUUGGAACUUGUGUCAUGCCAAUAACUUUUGGGUUGGUUUUUUUAUACAUAUAUAAAAAAGUAAUAUUCUACAUUUACGGUCAAGUUGAAAUCAUGACAGCCCUUUCCUCCCUAGAGAAUUCCACCAAGAGAAUUUAUAUUUCUCCUAAAUGUAUUUUUUUAUAUCCGCCUUGCUGUCAGUAAUCACAGUAAGAAGCUUAGAGGCUUGUGAAAACAGGCCGGUUUUAUUCUGUUUAAAAUGUUGAUGUAUAGCGGAAGUUCCACCGGAACCUAAACUUGAAGCAAAACGCUUUCUUUUUUUCUGUAAGGAACAGGGAGUGCCCCACAAGUUCACAUACACCCCCCCCCUUUUCAGUGCCUGCUGUGGGUGUAGCCAAUUUUUGACUACCCAUGGUUAGCUUUUCACAGGUGGGCUGCACCUUAGGGACAACCAGGGUUAGCCAUUAUACUCUGCCCAGGCUUGACAAGUGUACCUUGUUUAACCCUGAAUAGGGGAGGAAGGACGAACGGAGCACUCCUGAUCUCUUAAAUACGGAGAAGAGAUCAGGAAGUAUGACGACAUGUCGGGAAUAAUUGGUUAAUUCUAUUUUUUAAACAAAAAAAAAGUAGUGGGACAGGGACAAAUCCUAUUUUGCAUUCAUAAUGCAGAAAAGUAGUUAAAUUCCUGUAGUUUUUCUAGCCAUACAGAACUCCAGGUGACAACACAGCUCUGUGUUUGGAGGAAUUACUUCCUUGCCUUACCCUGCCCUCUCCACAAUUCUCUUUAAGAGUUCUAUUUUAAGUAAAUGUCUAUAUUAGACACCCUUUGACUCUUCGGAAACAUCCCCAGAAUCGUCUAUUUUUGUCCCGCGAGGAGGAAAAGAACACAAGCUUUUUUUGUUGUUUGGUUUUUUCCCCCCAUGAUGUUAAUAUUUAUGAAGUUGUAUUUAAGUGUAUUCUUCCACCCCCACCAAACACCCCCCCCCAAUUUCCAUGGGGGGGAAAUCAGCUCUUUGAGCUGAAGGCGAGAGGAGUGGGGUUCUUUCUAUAGUGUUAAGAUUUAAUGACUUUGCUUUGACUGGGUUUUAAGGAAGCAGCAAGCACAAGUUCUGGCGUUUUUUUAAAAAAUGGGGGGGCGGGAAGACAACCCUCGCCUUGGACCCGUUUUAAAAAGCUCCAAGUCAACCUCAAGAAGUGAGUGGGACUGUUUUCUCAUUCAGCGCCGGGACUGACUGCCAUUACCUCCCGUCUCCGGAGGCGGGACAACUGAGGACGAGCCGCUCAGCGCAGCCACAUCCAUGACUUGUUUCUGGCGCAGAGAGAGAGAGAGAGAAUGAAUGAACACACGGUUGGGUCCUGGACCUGCCCAGACAUCCUUGUAGCCGCCCAUCUCGAUGUGCCGUGCUAUGGAUUUUUGUCACUUUGCCCCUCGUGACUCUGAGGCACAUCAUUGCCUGUUCAAAUGGAUGUUGAAACCCCCUUCCCUUCUCUCUCAAAAAACAACACCACCCCACGCCUGUUUCAUCAGCUUCAUCUGUCGGACACGAUGGGGCGUAACAUGCCGUGUGCUACUCGGUCCAAUAAAGCCGUCUUUAUUUCUUUUAAGAG